AAGUCAAUGGCCUUUCUUGCUCUGAUUGUUCGUGUGUGUGUGUGAGGGAUAGGUGGGCGGGGGAAGAUCAUGGAGAGAUAGAGAGAGAGAGAGAGAGAGAGAGAGGGAGGGACGGAGAGAUCACCAUCGUCAAAGAGAAGAGAGGAAGGAGGUCGCCACCAUCACCAAGGAGAGGAGGAGGAGGAGAGAGCGAUUCUUGGGUGGUGCUUUUCUUGGACUUCUCUUUCCCAAGGGUCCUUUGCUUGCUUGCUUGCUUCCAUCUCUCCUUGCGUUGACGCUUCGGAAGAGAGCGAGAGGCUUGCGUGUCUGACUUCCCCUUCUCUUGAAUCCUGAUUCUGGGUUGGCGUUUCGCUUCGUUCCUUCUCUUGCUUUCAGGGUUUGAUCAGGCUCGUUGCUCUUCCUCAGUUCACUCGCCUGCAAUUUGCUGAUUCGCUGGAUCUGAAUUUGGGAUUUCAGGGGUCGACCCUUUGAUUCCCUCUCCGUGUACUCUCUCUCUUUUGGGUGAAUUCCGUCGAUUUCUAGAGUUCAGAGUCAACUUCUUGUGUUUUUUUCCUUCUGGGUCUUACUUCGGGUAGUUACUAAAUUUGUACAGUCAAACCAAGUUCUGGGCUUGGAGUUUCUCCUUUCAUUCAUGGGGUGAUAUAAUGUUGCCAACUCCACUUCUGGGUUCUUUGUAUCUGAGUCGACUGGUCUGACUCUUCUUGUCGAGGAUCUUUCAGUUUCUGCGAUUCUAUUAGGGUUUUGCUUUAGGUGGGUAUGAAAGAACACGGGCUAAAUCAGUAGUUUGGAGCCUAACUUGGCAGGAUUGAGUUCUGGGAUUGUCUCUGUAAAUCACUUUCUUUUUUUCAAGUAAGCUUUGAUGCAUUGGUCAACAUGGAAGCCCCUAGCGCACUGUGCUGCUCUGUUCUUUGACAAAAAGAGCAAGAGCAGAGAUGGGUCUGGUAGGCCUCCCCUCGAAAGCAAGAAACACGCGUCGGCUCUGCGAGAGAAGAAGCUUAGGGAGGCUAUUCAGGAGGCAUCUGAAGAUGGGUCACUCCUUAAAUCUCUUGAAAUUGAGUUCGGCUCCCUUUCCCUGGAUGAGACCGGUGUGGAGAGAUCGAGGACCCUCGCGCGUCUCGAAUGCCAGGGCUUGUUCCUCCGUGCCACAGCUCAAGCCGCGGAGACUACAUAUGAAUCCGAUGAUGCCGUCCUCAAUAUCGAUGAAGCUCUCUCCAAGUUCCACGGCAUGUUUCCUUCAUAUCAAUCUUCUCAGAAGAUUGAUCAGUUGAGGAUGAAUGAGUACUCGCACUUACAACCAAAGGUAUGCCUUGACUUUUGCGGAUUCGGGCUGUUUUCAUAUCUUCAGAGUGUUCAUUAUUGGGAUUCCUCGACGUUUAGCUUGUCCGAGAUAACUGCAAAUUUGAGUAACCAUGCUCUGUAUGGUGGCGCUGAGAAAGGUACCGUCGAGCAUGAUAUAAAGAUCAGGAUUAUGGAUUAUUUGAACAUCCCUGAGAAUGAGUAUGGCCUAGUUUUCACUGUCAGUAGAGGGUCGGCUUUCAAAUUGUUGGCUGACUCGUACCCUUUCCAGACGAAUAGGAGGUUGUUGACUAUGUUUGAUCACGAGAGCCAGUCUGUCAAUUGGAUGGCUCAGAGUGCAAGGGAGAAGGGUGCGAAAGUCUAUAGUGCGUGGUUUAAAUGGCCAACCCUUCAACCUUGUUCAGCUGAUUUGAGAAAGCAAAUAUCGAGCAAAAGGAAGAGGAAGAAGGGUUCUGCAGCGGGUUUAUUUGUGUUUCCUGUUCAGUCCAGAGUCUCUGGCGCGAAAUAUUCAUACCAAUGGAUGGCACUCGCACAUCAGAACAGUUGGCACGUAUUGCUUGAUGCUGGGUCACUCGGUCCCAAGGACAUGGACUCACUUGGGCUGUCCCUAUUCCGGCCAGAUUUUAUUAUCACUUCGUUUUACAGGGUCUUUGGGUAUGAUCCAAGUGGCUUCGGAUGCCUUCUGAUAAAAAAAUCUGUUAUAGGAUGCCUUCAAAGUCAUUCUGGCUCUACAGGGUCUGGAAUGGUGAAAUUAACCCCAGAAUUCCCAUUGUAUCUUGGUGAAUCAAUGGACGGCCUGGAUGGACUAGCUGGGGCCGAUGAUGAAGUCGCUGAGAAUGGUGAUAGUUCCUCUGAGGCUCGCCCACCGCAGCAGUUGCCUGCCUUUUCCGGACUCUACACAUCUGCACAGAUGGAGGAUGUUUUUGAGACUGAGAUGAAUCAUGACAAUAGUUCGUACAUAGAUGGAGCGAGCACUUAUAUUGAAGAAAGUGGUAGUAUAUCGAUUGGGGAUAUGAUGAAGAGUCCUGUGUUCAGUGAAAAUGGAUCAUCGGACUACUCUUAUUGGAUUGAUUUGGGUCAGAGUCCCUUGGGGUAUGAUAAUCCAGGCCAGCUGAAUAAAGAGAGAAUGGCAUCUCCCUUACCGCCAUCUUGGUUCGCUGCAAGGAAGAAUCAGAAACAAUUCUUUCCAAAACAGUCAUCAAAAAUAUAUGGCAGCCCUAUAUAUGACCACAAGGACGUGAGCCCUACGCCUCAUGAGGAAUAUAGUGCACUAUCAUUCGAUGCUGCUGUUAAAUCAGCUUCUCAGGAUGCACAUCAUCUGGAAGACAUCCCCAAUGGAGGACUUGCUAGAAGAAAGAACAUUUCCGACGGUAAGGUGGUUUCAGAUGAUCGAUAUGUUGGUGAGAUUGAGGAAGAGCCUCAUAUUAGUAAGCAAUCAAAAUAUCCUGUGCCUGGAUCAUAUUUGAGCAGUAAUUGUAAGAUGGAGAAUGGUUCGGCCUCUGCAAACUGUGCACAAGUAAAGGAGAGUGCUAUAAGAAGAGAAACCGAAGGGGACUUUAGGUUGUUGAGGAGCAGAAAAGGGAACAGAUAUGCUGGCAGUAGGUUUUUCAGUGUUGAGGAGAGCGAUCACCCAAGUGGCGGAGGAAGGGUGUCCUUCUCAAUGGAAGAAAAUCAUGCGGAGCAGACAAGCCGUAGCCUAGAACCCAGUGCAGUGUCUGCUAUGACCCUAGAUGACGAAGAUUAUGGCACCGAUGGUGAAUACGGUGAUGUGCAGGAUGAAUUCAGGGGCGAGCCCGAGAUAGUGUGCCGCCAUCUCGAUCAUAUAAAUGAGUUGGGUCUCAACAAAACCUCCAGUAGACUGCGGUUCUUGAUUAAUUGGCUGGUAACCUCUUUACUGCAACUAAGGUUGCCGAGUUCAGAUGGGAAUGUGUCCCUUGUUCAUAUAUAUGGCCCGAAAGUUAAGUAUGAAAGAGGUGGUGCUGUUGCAUUCAAUGUGAGAAAUAGUUCCAAGGGGAUUGUUGAGCCAGAAGUCGUACAAAAACUUGCUGAGAAAGAAGGUAUCUCUCUUGGCAUUGGCAUCUUAAGUCACAUACGUGUCGUUGAUGGCUCAAGACAGCUAAACAUAGAGGACAGCAGCUUGUCCAGGCAAACGGAAGUUGGUAAAAGCAGUGGAAAGAAUGGUUUCAUGCGCAUUGAGGUUGUCACAGCCUCUCUGGGCUUCCUGACGAACUUUGAAGAUGUUUACAAGUUGUGGGCUUUUGUGGCAAGGUUCCUUAACCCUGCAUUUGCCCGGCAGGGUGAGCUCCCCACCGUUGUUGAAGGUUCAGAGACAUGAGUGCUCAAAUGAGGACUAACUCUUCUAGUCUUAUACAAACGGGAACGCACAGUUCUUCUAGGGUGGAAAAACACUUGGGGAGUGAAAACUGAGGCUCGCGAGUCGAAGACCUUAAAAAGCCAGAGAAGAGGGAACUUUCUCAUACCCCGUGAGGUAUUUCAUAUUGGUAGCUGUCCCUUUAUUGACAAUGAAAGUAGCAAUAACAAUGCUUUAAAAUUUGUCAUUAUCUCGAGCUCAUCCUCAUCAGGUAGAAGAAAAUAUUGGCAUGAUUCAACGCAUGCUAAAGACAGAUAGCAGACAGAGAUUAGGCCAAGAAGCAGGUUUUCUUGGAUGACCCAAGUCUUUGUGAGCCAGAAAAACUGUCCAAAUUGCUCGGUCACACAUGCAAAAGAACCAUGCAGAAUCGCCGCAUUCGACGUCUGUGAUUCAAUUGAGAACAACAGUUUUCUUUUUCUUGUUUGCAAAUUUUAAAGGGCAUGGUUUUUUUCUCUGCGCCAUCAUGACCGGGCCAUACCCACUAACUCUUGUUCCCAAUGGAACUCUCUGUGGAUGCCUUUCCCAUUGUGUUCUUGAAGAGAUAGUGCCAGCAUCUUUUUUCUCAAGAAAUGGUAGCUGAUGCAUCGUGUAGUGAUCUGAUAAUGAUGAUCAAGACCUACUUUUUUUU